CUAGGAGAGGGAAGUUGCGGCGGGUCUCUGAGCCCUGCGUUGUGCGGCUUAAGUCUUCGGCUGCCUUGGCCCCAGAGGCGGAGCCGGAAGCGUUACGACUUGACCCCCGAGUCUUCCGAUUUUCCAGGGGGCGGCCGUCUUCGCCUCCCCUUCUCCCCUUCUCCUUCUUAACCCGAGACCAAAGCUCUCGCCAGUCAGGGCGGGGCGGCGCAGCCCCAGCUUCGGCUCCCGGAAGAGGCGCCAUCUCCCGCCUCCGCCAUGGAGCCCACCGCGCCAUCCCUCACCGAGGAGGACCUCACCGAGGUGAAGAAGGACGCUUUAGAAAAUCUGCGUGUUUACCUGUGUGAGAAACUCAUAGCUGAGAGGCAUUUUGAUCAUCUACGUGCAAAGAAAAUACUCAGUAGAGAAGACACUGAAGAAAUUUCUUGCCGAACAUCAAGUAGAAAAAGGGCUGGAAAAUUGUUAGACUACUUACAAGAAAACCCCAAAGGACUGGACACUCUCGUUGAGUCUAUUAGGAGAGAAAAAACACAGAAUUUCCUAAUACAGAAGAUUACAGAUGAAGUGCUGAAACUUAGGAAUAUAAAACUGGAAUAUCUGAAAGGACUGAAAUGUAGCAGCUGUGAGCCUUUCCCAAACGGAGCCACGAACAACCUCUCCAGAUCAAAUUCAAACGAGAGUCAUUUCUCCGAGAAACUGGGGGCGUCCACUGCCAUGUACCACCCCGAGGGGGAGUCCAGCACAGCGCCCUUUUUCUCUCCGGUUUCUUCCCUGAACUUGCCUGUCCUGGAAGUAGGCAGAACUGAGAACAGCGUCCUCUCCUCGAGUGCACUUCCGAGGCCGGGGGACCCAGGAGCCCCCCCUUUGCCACUGGAGCUGCAGUUAGAGGAAGGAGGAACUUGUGGGAACUCAAGCGAGAUGUUUCUUCCCUUACGGUCACGCGCUCUCUCACCACAAUGACACUUGGCUGCCUUUGAAUUUUUUUAACAGUGACAAAAAAAUGUUUUAAAUGGUAUCAGUCUUUCUAUAAAGCCAUUCUAACGACUUACUUACAUUAGAUCUAUCUUUUAAAAAGCACAGCAUAAGCCUGCUUUGUAAAUAAGUACUUCAAAAGAAACAUUUUUAGGCUAACUGUAAAUCAUGUUGGUCAUGUAUUUCUCAGUAUUUUUUGUGAGUGUUCCUCUUUUUAUGAUGUUUUAGUACUUUCAAAUUUUUUAUGUUGUAAGAUGAAUUUUAAUAGGGACCAUUGCUGUGUUUGAAAAUAAACUUUUAGGCUACAAAUAAGGUUUCUCUGAGCUCUGGUGGUAAAUUUUUAGCAUCCAGCUGUUCCUGUUUGGUAAUAAAGCAAGCCACAAGUGGGCAAACUGCCUCUGUGCUGAGGAGAAUCUCUUUCUGCUCAGUUGGUUUUACUGGUCACUUGCUAAUACUGAAGGAAUACAUGAUGGAGUUUGAGCCCCCUAAGAUUUGUUUACUAAAUUUCAUUCCUUAUUAACCUUACUAAAUGAUAACUAUUUUCUUUAGAAUUUUUUUAGUCUUUAUCAUUUGCAUUCCUAAAGACAUGGAUCAUUGUGAAAGCCUCAAUUGUUACAUGUAAUUUGAUAAGUUUUGAAAAACUUCUCUGUAUUUUUCAUUGUCUUUUAAUGAGUUUCACUGUACAGUUGAAAUAACUAGAAGAGAUUUUGGGGUAUAUUGUGUCAGUUCUGCUUUUAAUACAAUUCUAAUCAAGUAGGCCAUUGGCUAGAUUUAUCCCUUUGUGAUACAAGAAAAUUUACUAUUUUACACAUUUAUAAAUCUUACACUCAUUGUUUUCAUUGAAAUUAUAAUUUGACAUGUUUCCUGAAAUUAAUCUCUAUAUUUCUAUUACUAAAAACUAUAAAUGGAAGUUUUCUGUUAAUAAAG